ACAAUCUACUCACGCGGACGGGAUGAAUAUGAGUUCAAAAUUAUAAUUUAUGCGGAAUUUAUAGAACGUUGUAAUUUUCUGCUAAACUGACAUAAAAAAUAUUUGCUUAGAAGUUAACAGUAAAAAAAUCACUAUGAAUUCCGUCUGUAAACUUGCACGAACCAUAAAGUAUAUACAAUGUCUGAAUCCGGUGUCACGAACGGUUCGAAAUAGUUUAAGAAAUGAUUACAAACAAGUGCACACUUCUAAAAUAAUGGGAAUUAAAAUGUUUAUGGAGCACGAAAACCUAUAUGCGUAUAGCAUAAUGGAAAGCAAUGGAUACGCAGCAAAGUUAAAAUCGGAAGUUCAAACGGUCCCAGUGGCAAAAGACCAAUUUAACCAUUUGAUUCAGCAAGAUUGGUGUAAAAAGUCUCUCCAAGAACUUUUCGCUCUCUUGCCCUCUCUGGGAACAUAUUGCUCGGAACAUGGUUUAUGCAUAUCCAAUAAAAUAUUUGAUAGCUUCAUAGAUAACCUAACUGACAAUAUUAAGCAUGCAACUGACGAGGAAUUGAAAGGAUUAUUUCAUUCACUAGUAAAAUGGCCAGAAACGGAAUCUAUCAGAACUAGAAACUACAUAGAAGUAUGGGCGGCUCUUGACGAUGAGUGUUUGAAGAGGCAUAGAGACUGGUCUGUUGAUCAAAUGCUUUCUUUUUUGUCUUUAUUUUAUUUAUUAAAUGUGACAAGAGCAAGUGACUAUGUAACGAAAAGUUUACAAAGGAUCACAAACAAGGUGCAGCAGUUAACCCCACAACAGCUGGUACAAGCUAUGUUCUAUAUAAGUGCAAAUCGUAAAUCACCUCAUGACAUGCACAACUUAGAAGUACAUUUGGAAAACAAUUUUUCACAGUUCUCAAUAGAUGAACUGGCCAUUAUGUCUAUGGGGUUUUUCAAAAGUAAAACCCCUAUAAGAAGUAUGGCACUGAUGGAAAGAAUAAUAGAUAAAAUUAUAGAACAAUCUUCUGAUGUGCAUGAAGUGUCACUAGCAGCUCUUCUGAAGGUGAUUCGUUAUUCAAUGAAAUCUGAUGAGAAUAACAAAAUAUAUGAGUUGCUGGAUGCUCUGCAGCAUCAAACUCCAAGACUAUCCGUCAUGUGCAAAGUGCAUAUUGCUUUAGUUGGUACAGCAACACUCACACUACACAAACAAUGUUUAUCUAAAGUUGCAGAAUCAGUUAUGAAUUCUAUGUCAAAAGCCAGGAUAAAGGAUUUAGAAAGACUGGUAUUCACUUUUGGUACUUUUAACCACAAGCCUGACACAAAGGAGUGCUUUUUUAAAAAGGUUAUGGAUGAAUUGAGAAAAGUGGAGCGUGGGGCAGAGGUAAACAGAUUUGGUAGAUCAUUUGCUUGUACUAUUUCAUUCCUAGGAAUGCUCAACAUUUACCCUGUGGACCUCAUGGAUAAAGUGUUAAGUCCAGAAUUUCUAUUAAAUACCUAUGGAAAGUAUUGUCACAAUUAUGGCAAAGAAAUUUUAACAAUCCAGAAUGCAAGGGACAUUCAUUGUACAAAUGAAACACAAAUGAAUUCUCUAACUACAAAACAAAUAAUAAUUUUGGCAAAAAAAUUCACAGAUUACUGUCCAAGUGAAAAUUUUCCUAAACAAUACAAUAUCUCAGAAAAGCUGUUCUUGGAUGUCAUGAGGAUAUUAAAAGAGAAAAGAGGUGGUGAUGAGUAUGUGAUUGGUGAUCAUGUCUUGACUCAUCAUCAAAGAGGAGAUAUAAUCAUUUGCGACAGUCAUGAUGGCACGCCAUUGCCAAUUGCAAAUGCUUUCAGCACUGCAAGCUUUGGCAUUUUGCGGAAACCCCCAGACAACAAUAGAUGGACAGUUAUUGUAAUUGCUGGAAGAAAUGGUGAAAUAAAAAAUACUGGAUCACCAACUGGGCCAUUCCUUUCUAAACUAAGAGAUCUCCAUGCCCUUGGUUAUUAUGCUGCAUUGGUGUCUUGGAAGAAGUAUUCAAAACUACAGUCAGCUAGCGAAAAGAGUGAUUAUUUACUUGAAUUAAUAAAUAAUGCUUUAAUUAAUAAAGUUUACAACUAAAUAGA